AAAUUAAAUAUAAAUACCGACAAGUAUAACAUUUUAAUAGUUAUCCCAGAGCGUGUAGAAAAAUUAUUUUUAUCCAAUAUUUUAAGAUGGGCAUUUAAAAUUCAUCAUUUCUUGUCUAUAUCAUUUAUUUAUAAUUCGCUAGCAGCAACAUAUUAUUACGGAAUAAAAACAGCCCUUGUAGUCGAUAUAGGCGAAAGCGGCAGUAGGGUCACGCCCGUUGCCGAAAAUCAUGGAGUGUUUUUUGACUUCAUCAAAAAUAAUGAAAUUAGUGGAUACUUAAUAAGUAAAUAUAUUUCUAACUUUGUUAAAAUUGAUGAAAGCUAUAUUGAUUAUAUUCUUAUUCAGGAUUAUAAAGAAAUGAAUAGCUAUGUUAGUCUUGAUGUUGAUAAAAAUAUAAAAAUAUAUAGUGAAUGUAACGGUCUGAUGAAACCAUAUAAAAUACCCUACACUAAUAUUUAUAUAGAUCCUAAAAGUGAAAUAUUAAGUCAUGAAAUUUUUUUCCAACCAGAAUUUUUGGCUCAUAUGCCAGGCAAUUUCUUUAAACAAAAUAUUAUAUCAUUAAGUCAACUAAUUUUUGAAGCUGUUUCUUCUUGCCCUAUAGAUUUAAGAAAACAAUUCUUUGAUAAUAUUAUUUUAAUAGGAGGUGUUUCCAAUUGUAUUAAUUUUAGUCAAAGAUUAAAAAAAGAAUUAUUACACAUACUCAAGGAAAAAAAUUACAGUGAAAAUACAAAUAUAAAUAUUAAAAAAUUAACCAUGUCGCAUAUUUCCUCUUACUUAGGAGGCACGAAAUAUAGUAAAAUACUCUACCAUAAUAAAAAUAAAUGGGUAACUAGCCACGAAUAUCAUGCUUCAAAUAAAAAUCAAAUAAUACAAAAGCUUUUAAUGUGGGCUAAUAUUUUAUAA